CAGGCUUACCCUCAAGUGUUGCGGAACGUUUCGGUUUUUUUUGAAACAAAAAUCAUUUAGUAUCAAUCUUGGGAACGAACAAGUACAAAAGAAAAAAAAUUCUGCAGAAAAAGCAAUUCUCAUAGAAUAUAUGUAUAUAUUUUGCAGUAUAAAAACGACAAAACUUCGGCAAAAUCGUUAACGGAACUCUCUCUCUCUCUCUCUCUUAGUUUUAAAUUCGAUAUCGAAAGAUAUAUAUCCCCAAUCUUCAACCAUUAGGGAUGACGGACAACAGUGACAAUAACGCAGACGAAGAGUUCUUUAGCUUCACCUCGGGGUCUUCCAACGAGAACUUGAGCGUGAAACCGGCCCAAAUCCACUUGCCAGUAGAAGCAGAAGAACGUGAGGAACAUUCAGAGUCAAGUGCUAGGGUCUUGGUGCUGCGGUCCGAGAACGAUAUCGAAGGAGAAGAGGGGGAGGAGUGUUCAGAAUCGGAUACAGAUCCAAAAGAACCACCGAUACAGCAUGAGAAUUCCGAGGAAGCCGAGGCAGACUCGCCGCCGGGUUCCACUUUGACCUAUGCUGAGGAAGAGGAGGAGGAUAAUGGUAAUGAUAACGAUAACGAUGAUGAUGAUGGCGACGGCGAUGUCGAGGACGUGGUUGAAGAGGAGGACGACAACAAUGACGCUGGUUAUGUUGAGGAUGGGGAGGAAACCGAAGAUGGCGAGGACGUCGAGGACGAUGAGGCUAAUCAGUUUUGUGUGGAUUAUGACUCGGAUUCCAUGCAGAAGGAGAGCCCAGGACAGUACAAAUUUGGUGGCUAUCAUCCGGUAUCGGUGGGCGAUGUCUUCAAAGAUCGUUACUAUGCCAUCCACAAGCUCGGCUGGGGACACUUCUCCGUCGUCUGGAUGUGCUUUGAUAUUAAAAUGGAACGCUAUUGCGCCAUCAAAUUGGUCAAAUCCGCUGAUCAUUUCACCGAGACGGCCCGCGAUGAGAUCGAGCUUCUCAAUUUCAUCACCGUCAGCCACUGGCAUCCAUUGCGCGAUCGCAUUGUCCAGUUCACAGAUCACUUCCAAGUGAGCGGCACCCACGGCACGCACCUGUGUUUGGUCUUUGAGAUCCUGGGCGAUACCCUGCUCAAGCUGAUCCAGCGGUCUCGCUACCAAGGUCUACCGAUCCGUAAUGUCAAGCAGAUAGCUCUUCAGGUGCUGGAGGGUCUCUACUAUAUCCACAAACAUUGCAACAUCAUUCAUACCGAUUUGAAGCCCGAGAAUGUCCUGGUGGUGGGCAAUAAUCUGGCUAUACGCGCCCAGGCCACACGCGUGGUGACUGCCUUCUUCAAGGACAAUGCCCAUCUCAUCAGGCCGAGAAAUGCCACUGGUGGCAUGGCCGCUGCUCAUCGUUCCGUCAGCUUCCUGGUUUCGGAUGACUGUGCCUGUGGCAUCGCCGAGAACAAGAGCACUGGCAAGGGUUCCCGCUCGACUAAGAGAAAUGCCAAUUGUUUGCCUAAAAACACAACAAAGACUUUCACUUCUGCCACCAAGCUGACCAAGACCGCAAAGCGAAAGUUACGGGCUCGUGCCAAGCGCAGCAUUAGCUUCUUUCUGGAGCACCGUCAGUGGUUGCGCCAGCAGGCCAUAGACGAUCUCAUGAUCCUGGCCCAAAGCAAUUAUCUAACGCCAACUCUGGCUGCUCGGGCUGUCACCGGCAGGCUCUCCUUUAUGCCACCCCUUGACGGCGUGGUGAUCCUGAACGAACAGGACUUUGAGCAAGUGGAGCAAUUGGAGCAGAUGGAGCGUUCAGGCGGUAAGAAAACUGGAAAGCGAAGCUCACAAUUAAGGCUAGAGCCAACUCACUAUAUCGGAAGGACAUUGCCAAAGGGACCCUACUCGGAAGCUGUGCGUAUGCUAUUCAAUAGCCCGUUAGAGUUCAUUUGGAAUGUCCAAAAGAGGACGAGAGAGUUGGACAGGGUGGAGCGAGAGCGCCAUAAGCUGGGCAAGGUGGUGACCAUGCGGGCGGGAAAGAUUAGGUCGCAGGGGAACAGCAGCAGUAGCAGCGGUAUAGUCAAGAUUAUGAAGAUGGUAUUCGAGCAUGGAUCGCCAAUGGGGAACGAGCGUCGCAGCCACCUGCCAAACUUGGAGAUCAUUUCCCGCAAGGAUCCUGCUUUGGAGUACUGCCCGCUGAAGGUGAAGAUCGCUGAUAUGGGCAAUGCCUGCUGGUUCAAUCAUCAUUUCACCGACGACAUUCAGACGAGGGAAUACCGCGCUCCAGAGGUCAUUCUGGGUGCCGGCUACAACGAAAAGGCAGACAUCUGGAGUGCCGCCUGUCUCUUUUGGGAGCUGGCCACCGGCGAUUAUCUGUUCAAUCCCCAGGAGCGUCGCGGAAAGGCCACCUUGGAUGAAACGCACAUAGCCAGCAUCAUUGAGACCUGCGGUCCCAUACCCAAGGAGCUGAUCGCCACGGGCUGCAUGUCGCACAAUUUCCUCCGUUCGAAUGGAACGCUGCGUCACAUCAGGAAUCUCCAGCAGCGUUCUUUGAGCGCCGUUCUAGUGACCAAGUACGGUUGGUGCACCAGCGAGGCCCGGGAGUUUGAGUCGUUCCUGCAGCCCAUGCUGCAUCCGAGUCCGCGCAGGCGAUCCUCGGCCUUGAACGCUACGAUGCAUGCUUGGUUGCUGGAGGACGCGGAAGCGGACGCGGUGGACGUGGAGCACCAGGGUCACUGGCCGAUGUAUCAACGCAAGGAAACAAAGCGCGAGAGCACACCGGAACCGCGGGGGUCAAAAUAGGUUGCCUGGUUUACACACACACGUUUUUCUUGCCAGUUUUCAUUGAAAAAUUCAAGUUUAGUGUACACCUGCCGGCAGACUAGCGUGUGUUUUGCAACACUGUAUUGUGUGUGUGUGUGCAGCCACAUGCCAUAAAAUUCACGUUUGCCACUGGCUCGCACUGCUGUCUUUUGGCUAAUUUUUUGUAUUCUUUUCAAAAAAUUUUCAAUGAAUUUAUACAUAUGAAAAGUUUCAAAACCGCAAAACACUCAGGCGACCAAGGAGCGAAGGGGCAGACCGGCUUAUUCGAGGCACACAGACGCAACACGAAGAUUCCACACCGAUUCCCGAUUCCGGAUUCCUGCCUUGCCUUCGUCGUCCUUCGCCUCGUUGUCCACACUCUAACAACGAUUUAGGAGAGUUUUAUUAACACAAAUAGCAAUACAACUAUGAAUAUGUAUUAAAAUUAUUGCCAUUUCGUUUCUUAUUGGCCAGCACUUCA